AUGUCUAAGCCCACUGAGCUCAAACCUCAAGGCCAGGUCGCCUCCCCGACCGAGGACAUGAUUGAAGAAGGCGAUUCCCAGCUUUCUAGCCAUCCAGAUGAGCCGCGUCGUGAGGAAUGGCGUACAAGUAUCAUAGGCACAAUCACGGGGCGUCUCACAGAUACCGGGCACUUCAGAAAAGUGUUCUUCGCAGGAUUACUUGCGACUGUUGUCGGCAUUUUUGCAUCCUCAUUCUGUCAUCGAUUUAAGGAAUAUUUAGUCACUCUUGGCAUUGCCGUGGGUGUGGGUAAUGGGUGCCUAUUUUGCGCAAUGCUCACUGUUAUGUCCUCAUAUUUCGAUAAGAAACGUGCGAUAGCAAUUGGAGUUGCUGCGUGCGGCUCUGCCUCGGGGGUGCCAACGUUUAUCUACGUCCGGGGAUGCCCAAAAAAAACCACUUCCAAAUUGAUCGACUGGUCGGCUUUUCGAAACACAAGCUACAACCAUUACGCCACUGCUUCCUUCUUUUUAGUUCUCGAGAUAUUUCCCUAA